GUUGAAGUACACCUGGUGUGUUCCAUAGCGUGCUUGUUCUGGCGCUUCUAGAACGUUCCCGAGGCUUCAUUACAUACGACUUCAACCCGUACGACAAAUUCCGACCGAUCUUGACGGUUUUCAGGUUAUCUUAUUAAGAUUAUAUAAAAACUACAAUCAAAAACCAUUAGUUGACAACAAAUAUUUUCAUUUUGUUCAACUCAAAUCUAAUUAAAAGAUGGAAGACAUGGGCUUAAGUUUUGCUGAUCAAUCUCUUUCACUCAAUUCUGCUGAAGAUGCCAAAACUAUAGUUUCAGCAAUCGAAAAAUGUCCGUGCCUGGUUUUUCUCAAUCUUCAAGGAAACACUUUAGGAAUUGAUGCUGCUAAAGAAAUUGGCCAUGCUAUUGCUAAACAUGGGUCACAUCUUAAACAUGCAUUAUGGCAAGAUAUGUUUACUGGACGACUCAAAUCUGAAAUUCCAAUAGUUCUAGAACAUUUGUCAGCUGGUUUAUUGACAGCAAAUGUACGUUUAUCUGAACUUGAUUUAAGUGAUAAUGCUUUUGGACCAAUCGGUAUGCAAGGAUUAGUUAAGCUAUUGAAUUCACCUGUGUGUUAUGAAUUACAAAAAUUACGCUUAAUGAACAAUGGAUUAGGAAUUAGCGGAGCAAAAAUGCUUGCAAAAGCAUUGAUUGAUAAUUACCAUGCCAGUGUCACAGCUGGUACUCCAUUCAACCUUAAAGUACUAAUAGCUGGUAGAAACAGAUUAGAAAAUGAAGGUAUCAUUGCUUUGUCUCAAUUCUUUAGUCUUGUUAAAACCAUGGAAGAAAUAACAAUCCCUCAAAAUGGAAUUUAUUGCAAAGGUAUAUUAGCAUUAUCUAAGAGCUUACUAGAAAAUCCAAAUUUAAAAGUGUUGGAUGUUCAGGAUAAUUUAUUAACUGUUAUAGGAGCAGAAGCAUUGGCCAAUGUUCUGCCAAAAUUAAAAAAUCUGAAACAUUUGAAUAUUGCCGAUUGUUUAAUAAAAUCUAAAGGUGCUUUAGCAAUUGCAGAAGCUUUAAAUGUUCAUGAAUCUCUUGAGAAUUUGGAUGUAAGUUAUAAUGAAAUCAAUGGUGAAAGUGGGUUGAUAUUAACAAAAGCACUAUGUGACAAAAUAAACUUGAAAGGAUAUAAUAUUAAUGGUAAUAGGUUUGGAAUAGAAACUAUUGAUAUAAUCACAAAUGCACUAAAAGAAUCUAACAAAGACAAUACUCUGGGAUCAUUUAGUGGCGAUGAAGGUGAAUGUUCUUCUGAUGAAGAAAAUGAAAAUGCUGAAGACAGUUCAACAGAUACAGAAGAUGGUGAUGUUUCUACUUCUUUUGCCGAUAAAACUGCUGAUUUAAUGAAAGAUAUGAAUGUUAGCGAGAUUAAUUUAGUAAAAAAUUCCACAGAUAAUGUUGGUUUCGAAAUAUUAGUUGAUCAACUAAUGGAUAUUGCUGGUCGUUAUCAAAAUGCAAAUGAUAAAGCAACGUUGGAUAAGUGUUUUGAGUUGUAUAAAGCAGCAUAUACUAAUGCUACCAAAGAAUUAAAAUUUGUUGACUUAACAAAUUUAUUGUUAGUAAAACAUGGAUUAAUUAAAAGCGAAGAUAAAAAUUUCCAACUACGAAAAGAUGUUGGUAGAUGUUUAGAUGUUCUAAAAAUAGCUGUUGAAAAUAAAAAUGUUAUUCCCGAACCAUCUCAAUGUGUAUUAAGCUUUAUGUUAAAAAAAAAAUUUUCGGCUCAAUAGUUCGUAAUUUCUUUAAUAGCAUUCAAUAAUCUGAAAUAUAUUACUUUUUUUUUAUAUACAUACCUAAUUCAGUUUUUUUUUCAAUUUAAGAAUUUAUUUAGUUUCUUCAGAAUAUUGAAUGUAUAUUACAUAUUUUAUAAUUUAUUUUUUACGUAUAUUAUUUAGAGGUUUAAUAAUUUUGAGCAACAUUUGUAAAUUUUAUUGUUAAUUAUUAAUUUGUUAAACUUCAUACUGCAAACAAAAAUAUGUAUUGAUUAGGAAAAUAUAAGAAAUCUAAUUUACUCAGCUUAAUGUUAGUUCUCUGGAAGACUUAUGUUCUUAAACCUAUUUAUUUUUUCUAAAAUUAUUUUACUAUACAUUUUCGAUAUAUUUGUUAAUUAUAACUCCUUUUCUUUUAUGUAAAGAUUUAUGUUUAUUAAAUUAAGUUUAGGUUUGUUAAGAUUUAAGAAUAAAUAGUAGUUAUUAAUAUUAUGUCUUUUAACUAGUAAAUAUAAUAAUGAUAAAUACAAAGUACUUGUUAACUAAUUUUUAUUUUAAAUAACAAAUUGCACCCUUAAUUUUCAUUGCAAUUAAUAACUUCAAUCUGAAGAAUACAUAUACCGGGUUGAAAAAUUAAUUAAUAUGAUGGACUUAUCAUGGGCCACUAAAUCAUGUUAUAUGAUUAUUCAUGCAACUCAGCAUUAGUAUAUUUUAUGCAUUUUUGUUCUGGUAUACAAUGUAUUAAUACUAUAAAAACGUAGGUACCAAUAAGGCCAAUAUUAUUUAGAUAAUUGUCAAAGUGUAGGUAUUAUACUUUUGCAAACAUUUUAACUUUGAUUAGGUAAUUAUUCUUUUAGUUAAGUUUAUAUACUGUGAUAUGCUUACUCGUAACUGAUAACAGAAAAACCAACACUAUCUACAAGAUCAAGUCACAUUGUCUGAAAUAAUAUAUAUUAUAGUUAGGUUGAUUUAGAAGUAAAUCUGUCAUUAGAUGUGAUUAUUCCAUAUUUAUUUAUCUACAGUUUUAUUUAAAUGUAUAAAGUUUAUACUACUCAAUUACUAUUACAUAAUAUAUUUUCUAUCCAAAUAUAUGAUUGAAAAAUGUCUUAAGCUAUAAAUAAAUUAAACUGGGUCCUAGUUACACAUUCCUAUGAUGAACAUUUUGUAUAUUCAAUUAAAUAAUAUUCAUGAAGUUCAUGACCUUUAAUCUAAGUUGACUGAAAACAUCAACAGUUUAUACUAUAAUAUGUAUGAAUAGUUACUGGUAUGACUGUACAAUUAAUAACAAAAUUACACUAAACAAUUGGGACAUGGGAAUUGUUAAACUAAUCCCUUUAAUAUUUUACUUACUGAUGAUACCUGUUGGAAUAACCGUUAAAUAUAUUUAUUUUAUAAAAAAAAAUUCAAACUGGCUGCUAGAAUUUUUUUGUUGAUAAUGAUUGUAUUAAACAAAUUAUAAAACGUACCUGGGUAACCGAUCAGAAAUAUCAACUGGCUGCUAUAUUUAUAUCUGAUUUAUAAUAAAUAGUGUUUUUAAUAGACAUAACUGAUUUAAUAUAUUUUCCCAAUGAUGAUACUGUUGGAAUUACCGUUUGAAAUGUUCAUUUGUGAUGAAAUAUCAACUGGCUGCUAUAUUUAUAUCUGAUUUAUAAUAAAUAGUGUUUUUAAUAGACAAAACUGAUUAAAUAUAUUUUCCCAAUGAUGAUACUGUUGGAAUUACCGUUUGAAAUGUUCAUUUAUGAUGAAAUAUCAACUGGCUGCUAUAUUUAUAUCUGAUUUAUAAUAAAUAGUGUUUUUAAUAGACAAAACUGAUUAAAUAUAUUUUCCCAAUGAUGAUACUGUUGGAAUUACCGUUUGAAAUGUUCAUUUAUGAUGAAAUAUCAACUGGCUGCUAUAUUUAUAUCUGAUUUCUAUUUGAUCAUAAUUGUAAUAAACAAAUAAUUUUACUUAAGUAAC